CCAAAAGUUACUACUAUUAAACUUGUAUUUGAUAAACUGAACUUUAUUCUGAUUGAACCAAUGAACCUGCAACUCAUUCCCUGCUAUGGAAUUCACCACUGAUUUGCAAUCCAACUCGAAAAUUACUUUUGUUGCUCUAAGAUCCUCCAUCCAAUCAACAACUACCUCCAAUGCCUUGCAUUCAAAGUACUCAGCCCCAUAAUCUUCUUCCACUUCUUCAUUGAAACAUAUUCCUUGCACUCCUAAACAGUUCCCCGCAUAAUCAUGAAGUAUCAGUUGUAUGCUUCCUUUUUUUAGUCUGAGAAAGAUAAGAACCAUCUAGAUUAACCUUCACAAACUCUUUAUCUGGAGGAAGCCAGAAGAAACUCCUUGCAACUGUGCGUGCAGAUGGUCCCGCCGUGUCUGAUCUGAAAAAUCGAUUUUUAGAUCUUAUCACGAGUUUCCGAUUUUAUUACAUUCCUUUUACACUGGCUGGUCCAUACAAAGACAAACUUUUAACUCUUAGUUUGGGGUUUGGGGAGGAGGAGAAGAAGAAGAUGGCGAAAUCAACGACUGCAGCUAGCAGCACCGCGAAAGAUGCUCAAGCACUUUUUCAUUCUCUUCGAUCAUCUUACGUCGCCACACCCACAAAUCUUAAGAUCAUAGAUCUGUAUGUUCUUUUUGCUAUUUUCACAGCCCUGAUUCAGAUUUGUUAUAUGGCAAUUGUCGGAUCGUUCCCAUUCAACUCUUUCCUCUCGGGAGUACUUUCUUGUGUUGGCACAGCAGUUCUAGCAGUUUGUCUCCGUAUCCAAGUUAACAAAGAAAACAAGGAAUUUAAGGAUUUAGCCCCGGAGCGUGCCUUUGCUGAUUUUGUACUGUGCAAUCUGGUUCUCCAUUUGGUGAUCAUGAAUUUCCUUGGAUAGGCAGUUAGGUUAUCAGGUCUAUCAGGAUAUGAGCCAGUAGUUUAUUGACAGAAUCGGUUUUGAUAAUAUUUUGUAGAUGGAUAUAGAUGGGUUCACCAUUUCCGACAUUUUUCUUAGUAUUUAAAGUUUCUUUCAUAUCUAGCGUUCCAUGUAGACAAUUCGAGUUUUCCUUUUCCAGUUAUUUCAGUGAUUCCUUCGGUAAUUGUGCCAGAUGGACGCAAUAAUCAUGGUCAUCUUAAGAGUGACUAACAUGCUAUACUUGUUUAGUAAAGGAGAUGAGAUGAAAUGCUACUUGCAUUGUCUUUUUAACCUGCAA